AUGGAAAGAAAAGGAGCCCUCAUAUUCAUUGUUUCCAUAUUCCUUUCAUCAACAACGUACAUAACUGCUAGUACACCCAACGAAAACAAAUUUGAAAUCCAAACAAGAUUGGGGAAUGUGAUAGGAGUACGCCACACCUCUUUUAUGAAUAACGGAACCAUUUACAAAUUUUUCGACUUACCUUACGGUAAAGCCCCUGUAGGUCCAUUACGAUUUCAAAAACCUCAGCAAUAUGGAGCGUGGUCAAAAACGCUUAAUGCAACAACACCAGGCGCUGUUUGUUUCCAGUCAAAAAACCAGCCGACAACAUAUCCAGGAUUUACUGAAGAUUGUCUCAAGUUAAACAUUUAUGUACCAUAUGAUAUAAACUCUUCUAAUAACAAAUCAGUAAUGGUAUGGUUUCAUGGCGGGGCAUUUACAUUUGGUUCCGGGGGCAUGUUUGAUGGAAGUAUGAUAUCUUUAGUAGGAGAUGUAAUUGUAGUGACAAUAAAUUAUAGACUGGGAAUAUUUGGAUUCUUUGCUUCGAGAAAUAACAAGGCAAAAGGGAAUGCCGGACUUUGGGACCAGAAAAUGGCUCUAAACUGGGUGAGAUACAAUAUUAAAGACUAUGGCGGGAAUCCCAAUGAUGUAACAAUUUUUGGGGAAUCAGCGGGAGGAUCCAGUGUGGCCUUACAAUCUUUAAUACCCAGCAACAGAGGGCUUUUCCACAGAGUAAUUGCUCAAAGUGGGACUGCCAAUUCUCACCGUGUAGUAUCCAAUGUAACUUCAUCCUCUAUUGCAGUUGGCAAGAAAGUUGGUUGUACAUACAAUUACCACUCAGGGACUGAUUAUAACUUUGUUGAAUGUCUUAAAGCUGUAGAUGCAAUUGAUCUUGUCAAAGCAAUGGAAUUUGUUUGGAUGGACUUAGGAUUGAACGCUCUUGUGAAAAUUCCUUUUUCGCCGACAGUUGACGGUGAACUCAUUCGUAAGGAUCCAGUUUACUUACUGACAGACAGGUCAUCACCAGAAUUCAACUUUUUUCAAUCAUUGGACACGAUGUUUGGAACUUGUGAUAAGGACGGCUCCCUAGCAAUGAGUCUGCUACCUUUUUAUCAAUCAAAACUAAACUUUAAUUUCAGUGAAGGUGUACCAACUAGUGAGAUGUGUAGUACUAUAGUACCUGUAUUUUCAAAUACUCUAUUCAACAACAACAGUGCUGUUUCAAAUGCAAUUUGCAAGAAAUACUCUACAAAAGACAACAUAGAAGAACAAAGUCGAGAAUUUUUACAUAUGUACGGAGACUCUAUGUUUAUUGCCCCUGCAGCACUUGUUCUAGAGAAUCAUGGAAAUAGUAUUCAGGGAACAACAACUUACCAGUACGUGUUUUCUGAUGAAUUACCAUUAGUUCAUCCUACUGAACCUUCAUGGUAUCGUGGGUCUGCGCAUGGGACUGAUGUCAUUUAUUUGUUUUCGUAUGAACAAGUUAAAACAAAAUAUAAGUGGCCCCAUGGAGCUGACGUAUUAGUAAACCAGAUGAGGCGAUACUGGACAAACUUUGCUAAGACUGGAAACCCAAAUGGACUUGGUUUGCCAUAUUGGAACACUUUUGAUGAGAAUAGCGUACAUCCAUACAUGAACCUCCAAUCCUCGAUGACAUCCAUGCGGACAAAUUACAGGAAAACCUAUAUAGACUUCUGGAAUGAAGACUUGCCCGACAUAUUGCAAAAUGGGUGUAAUUUUAAGACUUGUGUUCUGCCAGCUGUUGGUUAA